CAAAAAGCUAUAAUUGUGCUUUUGUCAGAAAUGAACUUCAAAAUCUGACCACCACUUGCCACUUAACUUAUCCUGCCUUGCCGUGAUGAUGUCCUUAUGCAUGGUCACGGGUGGUCUCCAUUAAAACCUCACUGCUCAUUACUUGACUUCCUACAGCCCAUGACACUGACCCCACCAGGUCACACAAUUAAUCUGAUGGUGAUCACUGUUAAUCAGGAGAUACAGACCCACAGCAUGUCCUCAGGGGUCUUAAGAGUAUAUAAGGGCCGCUUUUCAUAUCCAAGACCAAACACGCAUCUUCCCUCCUGAUACUACGUAAACCAGCACCUCAGAGCAACUCAACUCUCAACCUCACAAAUGAUGUCUGGAGCUCCGGGACUGGUCUUCUGCCUGCUGUGCCUCCUGUCCGUCUGCACGGCCUGCUACAUCUCCAACUGCCCCAUCGGGGGCAAGAGAGCCCUGCAGGACCUGCCCAGGAAGUGCUUGUCCUGUGGGCCCGGGGACAGAGGUCGCUGCUUCGGCCCCAGCAUCUGCUGCGGGGAGGGGAUGGGCUGCUACCUGGGCUCCCCCGAGACCACGCGCUGCCUGGAGGAGAACUUCCUGCCCUCCCCCUGCGAGGCCGGCGGCCGAGCCUGCGGCUCAGAGGAGGGACGGUGCGCCGCCCCAGGCAUCUGCUGCGACUCAGAGGGCUGUGCCGUCGACCAAUCCUGUCUGGAUGCCGAUGAUGAGGACACUCCUCUUAACCAAUCGGAAAGCAGCAAGGACCUCCUGAUGAAGCUCCUUCAUAUCAGCGGGCAGACCCACCCAUUUAGACUCCACCAAUGAGCAUCGUCCGAGCUCACCAGGAAAUGUCUUAAGCAAUGAAGAUGUGUCGAGAAAACAAUGACCACAUCAGUCAAAGACUAAUCAUUCACAUGUACAUACAGACAUUUUGUACAGCAAAUAGAUAUCAAUAGAUGUAUGACAAGACAGAGAUACUGUAUUGUACUGUAAUAGUGCUUU